AUGUCCGGACGCGGAAAGCAGGGUGGUAAGGCUCGCGCUAAAGCCAAGACCCGUUCUUCGCGGGCCGGUUUGCAGUUUCCUGUGGGUCGUGUACACCGUCUGCUCCGUAAAGGUAACUAUGCUGAGCGGGUUGGGGCCGGCGCGCCAGUGUACCUGGCGGCGGUGCUGGAGUAUCUGACCGCCGAAAUCUUGGAGUUGGCUGGCAACGCGGCCCGAGACAACAAGAAAACGCGUAUUAUCCCGCGUCACCUGCAGCUGGCCAUCCGCAACGACGAGGAACUCAACAAGUUACUAGGCAAAGUUACCAUCGCGCAGGGCGGCGUUCUGCCUAAUAUCCAGGCGGUGCUGUUGCCCAAGAAGACCGAAAGUCACCACAAGACCAAAUAG